CUACAUUGAUAUUGAACAUAGGUAGACAGCUGGCGAUUAUUUCUUCUUAUAUAUAUAUUACUAUUUUACAUAAGGUUACACGCAGCCGUACACCGUUUGUGAAGCAUUACUGGUGAUGGAUGCCACAAAAGCAACUGGAGUUUUUCAUCCCUACUGGCCACGGGACCUUUUGAUACCCACCUAUGUAGCCAACGACCGGUCUAUGUCAGAGAUCCUGGUGUUCCUGUUUUCAGUUUCUGGGGUGUUUCUGCUUGUGACCUGGAUCAUUACUGGUCAGAAGGGAGCCACUGGCCGGCUUAGUACCCCAAGGCGUCUGGCUGUAUGCUGGUUUGCAGUUUGUGGUUUCAUCCAUGGUGUUAUCGAAGGCUGGUUCUCUCUCUAUUAUUCUGCUAUUCCAGGAGACCAGAGCUUCCUGUCACAGCUGUGGAAAGAGUACUCCAAAGGAGACAGUCGAUAUGUAAUAGCGGAUAAUUUCACUGUGUGUAUGGAGACUGUGACUGCUUGGUUAUGGGGCCCUUUCAGCUUUUGGGCUGUGUUUGCCUUCUUAAACAACAAGCCCUACAGAUUUGUUCUGCAACUCAUCAUUUCACUGGGUCAGCUGUAUGGAGCAGUGCUUUACUUUUUUACAGAGCACAGGGAUGGUUAUGCUCACAGCGAGUUGGGACACCCCAUCUAUUUCUGGUUCUACUUUGUGUUCAUGAAUGUCCUGUGGAUCUUCAUACCGUUUGUGCUCAUUGUGGAUGCUUGGAGACAGCUGUCAGCAGCCCAGACCCACACUGACAUCACAAAGUCACAGUCUAAAAGGAACUGAAACAGAAUGAACUGGACCUUUAGUACAAAUACUAAGGGAGAUAAACAGAAAAGCUAAAUAAGAGAGAACAUAAACUCUUGGUUGUUUUAGAACACUAUAGAUACAGCAAGAAAAUAAAUAUUUGGUGGUUUGGAGUUGCUCAUGAUCCAAUCUUUCAAUUGUUUUUUGUUUGUUGCAUUUUAUACCUUUGCCUCUGAAUACUCACUGCCAGCAAACAAAGAUCCAUUUUAUGGUGCAACUUUUUUUUCUAUGUGCAUAUGACAAUAAAAACCAUGACUUUGUUCAGUCCUCUGGGAGCAUCAAGAGCAAAGCCUCAGAGGACCAGAGGAUAUUUCUUAAUACUAUGUUUCUGUUUUCCACGAAUAAGCAAGCAGAAUACACAAUGAAAUGAACAAAGCCAGGGUCUAGAUUUGCUUUUAUAUGUCAAGACUCCUGAAACAGUUUUGAAAUGAAAAGGCACCAUGAAUACAAAUAAACUAUUUUAUCAAUGGUGUGAACAC